GGGUGGCCCGGGCCCGAACAGGACGGCCGCCAUCUUGCGCGAGCCGGAAUCCCGUCCCGCUCCUGCGGCCUAGAGUGCGCGCCAGUCGGUGGCGUUCCCUUGCCGCGGGCCCGGCUGGAUCCCUUGCCUGCCUGCGCAGCCACUCUGCCCCAGGCCGGAAUCCGGCCCUCACGUCCUCAUCUCGGCCAGGUCCGGCCUCCCCGCGGGGUCACCCGGCUGCCCCGGGGACGAUGAACGGAGGAUAAAUGGUGCCCAAGGCAGACAGCGGUGCCUUCCUGCUGCUCUUCCUGCUGGUUCUCACUGUCACCGAGCCGCUGCGGCCAGAGCUUCGGUGCAACCCUGGGCAGUUUGCAUGUCACAGUGGCACCAUCCAGUGCAUACCCCUCCCUUGGCAGUGUGACGGCUGGCCGACGUGUGAGGAUAAGAGUGAUGAAGCUGACUGUCCAGAAGUGACUGGAGAGGCCCGUCCUUAUGGGAAGGAAACUGUGGACCUGUGGCAGGGGCGGACCAAAGGAGGUGACCCCACACACUUCCAUACAGUGAACGUGGCUCAGCCCGUCCGCUUCAGCAGCUUCCUAGGGAAAUGCCCGACAGGGUGGCAUCACUAUGAAGGCACAGCCAGCUGCUACCGGGUCUACCUCAGUGGCGAGAACUACUGGGACGCCGCACAGACCUGCCAGCGUGUGAAUGGCUCACUCGCUACCUUCUCCACUGACCAGGAGUUGCGCUUUGUCCUGGCCCAGGAAUGGGACCAGCCAGAGCGGAGCUUCGGCUGGAAAGACCAGCGCAAGCUCUGGGUUGGUUAUCAAUAUGUCAUCACUGGUCGGAAUCAUUCCGUAGAAGGUCGCUGGGAAGUAGCGUUCAAAGGCUCCCCGGAAGUGUUCCUGCCCCCAGAUCCCAUCUUUGCAUCCGCCAUGUCUGAGACUGACGAUGUGUUCUGCGCCCAGCUCCAGUGCUUCCACUUUCCUACCCUGAGGCACCAUGACCUCCACAGCUGGCACGCCGAGAGCUGCGCUGAGAAGUCUUCAUUUCUGUGUAAAAGAAGUCAGACAUGUGUUGAUAUCAAAGACAAUGUGGUGGAUGAAGGGUUCUACUUCACUCCCAAGGGGGAUGACCCAUGCCUGAGCUGUACCUGCCAUCGAGGGGAGCCUGAGAUGUGCGUGGCUGCCCUGUGUGAGCGGCCCCAGGGAUGUCAGCAGUACCGCAAGGACCCUAAGGAAUGCUGCAAGUUCAUGUGUCUGGACCCAGAUGGCAGCAGCCUGUUUGACUCCAUGGCUAGCGGGAUGCGCCUGGUUGUCAGCUGCAUUUCUUCCUUCCUCAUCCUCUCGCUGCUGCUCUUCAUGGUCCACCGGCUGCGUCAGCGGCGCCGGGAGCGCAUCGAGUCCCUGAUUGGAGCAAACUUGCACCAUUUCAACCUUGGCCGGAGGAUCCCUGGCUUUGACUAUGGCCCCGAUGGGUUUGGCACAGGCCUCACUCCACUACAUCUUUCUGACGACGGUGAGGGUGGGACUUUCCACUUCCACGACCCUCCGCCUCCUUACACAGCUUACAAGUACCCAGAUAUGGACCAGCCAGAUGACCCGCCGCCACCCUAUGAGGCUUCUAUCAACCCAGACAGUGUCUUCUAUGACCCUGCAGAUGAUGAUGCCUUUGAGCCCGUGGAGGCCAGCCUGCCAACCCCCAGGGAUGGUGGCGUUGAAGGUGCAUUGCCCAGGCACUUGGAUCAGCCGCUGCCCCCUGCAGAGAGCUCCUUGGCAGAUCUGGAAGACUCUACAGACAGUAGCAGUGCCCUGCUGGUGCCUCCUGAGCCUGCCCAGAAUGGGAGCACCCCAGCUACAGAAGCACCCCCAGGGGGUGGGCGCCUCCCCCGGAGCUCCCUCAAUACUGUGGUUUAGGUGGCUCAGCCCAUGGCCCCAGUGGGCUAGGAGUAUCUGUUUCCUGUUCAGAAGACACUGAUCCCAGUGGGAGACUUGAAAGGGUCCUGUCAUAGUCUGGACCUACUCUACUGCCACACCCCCACCAGCAGCGGGUGUGUACAUAGAAACUGAAGCCAGGCACCCUGAAAGAGAAGCAGGUGCCUUUGCCGUCUGUACCUGAGGGCUCUUAGUCUUGUUUUUAAAUGGUAGAAUGACACAGGUAUUGAAACCACACAUUUCCAAGAGAACAGAGGCAGUGGGCUGCCCUCACACAGACACAUCUUUGGAUGGGCUUGCUCACUGCACUGUCUCCCUACAGAAGCCAGUCUUCACCAGUGUAGGCAGUAGCACUACCACUAGUGGCUGCUUAGAAGGCUGCUUCCAGGGAAAGCCUUCGCAGCUGCUGCACUGGCUCUCUGGGGCAUCCUGUCUGAGCCCAACAGCGAAUAUCAAGGUGCCGAUGCCUGGCAGGAAAUUGAACGUGCCACCCCAUUUCUAGCUCUGCAUUGAGGCCAGCACUGUGGCAGGAGGCCCCUGCUCAUGCCCUGCACUCUCCGUGGCGUAGCUCUGCAUGGCUCCCCAGGAAUAGACAGACUCUAGACCUCUGUGCAGGGUUGGGACUUGCUGGCUUUGAUCUGUGACACUCUGGAUCCCUGGCUUUGCUUGUUGGUGGGUGACCACUGGGUCUAGCCAGCGCCCUUCACCUUGUCUGUGCCAUAAAGGGUUGUUUGGGAAGAGAAUGGCUCAGGUGGACACUCCGUAUUGUGUCAUCUGAGUCCACUUCGCCCCGUGACCACUGCUGGAGCCCAGUGUCUGCCAACCACAUACGUGUUUCCCAGCCCCUCCACAGCACGGGGCUUUUGUCCGAACAGCCCUGUUGCCGGCUCCAGCUCCAUGCAGUGGUCUUGUCUCCCGACAUAGGCCUUCAGCAUAUCUAAGGUCUGGAGAUUAAGCAAGGUUCUGUGCGAUUUUUAGCACAAUCAUCUUUUCUAUGUUGGGUGUCUGGGUCUUUCUGUGUCUGUGUGUGUCUUGUGGCCAAAUGUUUGCAGGUGACGAUGGUUCACAGGUGCUCAGGAGCGGGGCUGAGGUGAUGCCCAUGAGAGCAGUUGCUCUUGGGCUGCUCUGAGACCGCGGAGUCUGAGCUGCUUCGCACACCGUGGUCAGUGGGGCUGUGGUUCCAGUUCUGUUUCAGACCUGCACAGUUCUAGGCACAUCCUUACACUACUUGGGAUCCCAGGGCUGACUGGAGGUCAGUGGACAGUCUGUCCCACAGACCAGCUGCUGCAGACAGUGCUCUGCAUAGGCCUCUUGCUGCCUACACCCAUUGCUGAGAACAGCAGGGAACUCAUGCCUCCAGUAAGUGCUGGGUGCCGGGCAGCCAUGCUCUGGAGCAACGUGAGGAAGUGUAUUGGUGCCAGGCCACCCAAGAGAGUCCUAAGGACCACACAGCAGCGCCUCAGAAGGCCAUAUGUACAGACUGAAACUUAUCUGGGGACCAAAUGGCUGUUGGGGUUGGACCUGAUUAUAGGAGGCAAAGGUGAAGAGGGUGACCUAAAGUGGACUGGGGUGCAGAGGUGAGCCUGUCAGGGCUGCCAGGGUCUGUCCAGCAUGCCUUCAGGGUGCAUGGAAGGCCUGUGUUUGGGCCUGUUCAGACUAUUAUUUGUCCAGUUCCAAGCACUGGGAUCUGCCAGCUCUUACUGGCAAAUAAUCCCAAAUCCAGUAUUUUCUGGGGUUUGUGUUUCCUUGCCUAUCCCACAAGGCCCCGGAGGGACAGGCCAAAGCUCCUAGGAGGCCCCUUUCCCAGACUGUCUUGCCACUCUUCUGAGCCCUCUGACCUGCCUUGAAGUGGAAUUUGAUACUGUACAUUGUCUCAAUGCCUGUUUUUACAUACCCCUUUCACUAAAGGUUUUAGUUGGGUGUAUUUUUGGUCGGGUUGGCAUUAAUCCUUUCUUAAGAUGCUGUGAGAACCAUUUCAUCCAAUGCCAAAUAAACUUGUGUUAUGGAAA